ACAUGUUUCGAAGUUUUCAAAAUGUCGUCUGCGCCAAGUUCAGCCGAGUUACUACACGUUGGAGGUGAAAGAACCACUGGAGAAAGCAUACGAAACCAAAAUGUUACCGCGGUUACGGCGAUCGCAAACAUUGUCAAAAGUUCUUUGGGUCCUGUUGGCCUUGACAAAAUGUUGGUCGACGACAUUGGGGAGAAUUUGUCUAACAAUCAAAAUGUAAUGGAAGCAUGCAAAUACAUUCAGGAAAAUUUGACGAUUAAUGUCGAUGAGCUUGGUAGAGAGAGUAUUGUGAAUGUCGCUAAGACAUCAUUGUCAUCAAAGUUGAUUGGCCAGUCAUCAGACUUCUUUGGCGAGAUGAUUGUCAAUGCUGUCACUGCCGUAAAGCGAGCAGGAAAUAAGGGUGAAGCCAAGUAUCCUAUUAAGGCUAUUAAUGUGUUGAAGGCCCAUGGAGGGAGUGCCAAGGAAAGUGUACUUGUGGAUGGAUAUGCUCUGAACUGCACCAUAGCAUCUCAAGCUAUGCCUAAACGAGUGGAAAAUGCCAAAAUUGCUUGCCUGGAUUUUAGCCUUCAGAAGGCCAAAAUGCAUCUGGGAGUUAGUGUUGUAGUCGAGGAUCCUGAAAAGCUGGAAGCUAUAAGAAAAAGAGAGGCAGACAUUACCAAAGAACGUAUCCAGAAGGUUCUUGGUGCUGGAGCCAAUGUUGUGUUGGUUAGUGGUGGCAUUGAUGAUCUCUGCCUCAAGUACUUUGUAGAAGCUGGUGCCAUUGGUGUCAGGCGGUGUAAAAAGGCUGACCUCAAGAGAAUCGCAAGAGCCACUGGAGCAACUAUGGUGCUGACCUUGGCAAAUCUCGAAGGUGAAGAGAGCUUUGACGCCAGUAUGCUCGGCUCAGCAGACGAAGUUGUUCAAGAACGAAUUUCUGACGACGAGUUGAUUGUUAUCAAGCGACCCAAAGCUCGUUCAGCGUCUUCCAUAAUCCUCCGAGGGGCCAAUGACUUCAUGUUAGAUGAAAUGGAGCGUUCCAUGCACGAUGCCAUCUGUGUAGUAAAGAGAGUGCUCGAGUCCAAAACUGUUGUCCCUGGGGGUGGGGCAGUGGAAGCGGCCUUGUCGAUCUAUUUAGAGAACUUUGCUACGUCACUGGGUUCUCGAGAGCAGCUGGCCAUUGCUGAGUUUGCCAACUCACUCCUUGUUAUUCCCAAGACGCUGGCAGUAAAUGCGGCUCAAGAUUCAGCCGAACUCGUGGCUAAACUCCGCGCGUAUCACAACACCUCACAAAUUAACACAGAGAGAGCCUCCCUCAAAUGGAUUGGUUUGGAUCUAAUCGAAGGUAAAGUGCGUGACAAUAUGAAGGCAGGCGUUCUAGAACCUUGCAUCAGUAAAAUCAAGUGUCUAAAAUUUGCAACGGAAGCCGCCAUUACAAUUCUUCGGAUCGACGAUAUGAUUAAAGUGAGACCGGAGAAAAAGGAGGAGAGUGCGUACGGACAAGCCAUGCAGCGCGGAGAACUGUAGCCAAAUGGAUAUCAUUAGGAAGACUGUCACUUUAUUAAUUUACGAUUUUGACACUUGAUUUGCCAAGAGAUAAGCACGGAUUCCUUGCAGUCUUGAUAUCAGCUUCUUGGAUGGGUCGCCAAGACCAUUGAACAUGGUGACAGUGUUUUGCUGAUUGGCAUUUACUAGAUCUUUCAAGCAAUAAAGCGCACUGUUGCUGGAUAAAUUUUUGUCGCUUUCCUGUUUGGUUUGUGACUUUUUAACCUAUCAAAACAUGGGCGAGCACACUUAAAAAAGUUAUGGACACGUACUUGUUUUUUGAUUGGUUAAACAAGAAAAAACUUCUCACUAAAGCUGUCGAUCAAAAUUGUCGAGUAACAUCAGUUGCUUCCCUAUGUCGAAGAGAGACAAAGUAUAAUUGUUCAUAUCGAGUGCUGACUCGCAAGGAACGAGCAAGUCCUUCAGCGAGUGAAGUGUGUUACAGUGAAACGAAAUAAAGGUUUAUGAUUGUCUUU